AUGGCCGAAGCUUCGAGCUCAGCCCCAGCUAGCCCUGCCAAAGGGAAAGUCCGCACCCGGACUCGUUCCACUAGGCCCAACUACAGGGACAUUCAUCGCUUCCCUCUCCCCGUCACUAUCCACCCUGUUCCUCCUGUAAUUCCUCAUAAUCCUCUUUCUCUCAUUAGUGUUGCCCUCUCGUAUCUAUCUUUCUUGAUCUCUCCUCCUCGUCAAGAAGCCUACACUGCAUACUUUGACUUGGCCACUUCUUCCGUACAUGUUACCGAUGAGCGAACAAUCAAGGCCUUGUGGCAGAUGGGAUUCUUUGGCAAGGGUAAUCUGAGUCGAAGUGAGCCCAGCUGGCUGGAGCGUGAGAAGAAAAGAAGAGGUCUACUGGGUGGGAACACUAGUGAGGAGGCCACACGGAAACGCAGAACAGAGCGCCGUGAAUUGAAGCUCGAGCGUGCGAGGGUGGAAAGACUGAUGGUUGAGGAAAGACUCAAAGCUGAAGCCGCAGCCAGAGAGUCCGGCGCCUCGUCUCCAGUGCCCGCUGAUGGCUCACCUGCUACCUCCGUUUCGAUAGAAAAGUUCUCAGUCAAGAAAGCCAUGGAAGCCAAAUACCAAAGGAACCGGCAACAAGCCAUGCAGAACGGCAAUGCUGCGCCAACUACUGAUGUGACCAACUCACCCAAUGGAAAAUCCGUGCGGUUCUCGCCGGUGGUUCAGGAGAAGGAAGCGGCCCCCCCGGUCGAUGAUGAUGCUGAUCUCGACAUGGAGUUCGCAAACGAAGAGCAUCUCCAGAUUUCGAAUGAAGAGACAUUCUUCCUGGUGUACUGCCUCGGUGCGUUGCGGGUCGUCGAUCGCGAGACCAAUGCCGUUAUCCCGACCUCUACCCUUUUCUCCCUCUUGUGCCAUCACUCCCACUAUCCGCCGCGCCUCCCUUCCGCCGAUUUGCAGCCCGACGACCCCUUCCUGGUUUCAUAUGCCGUGUACCACCACUUCCGAUCCCUCGGAUGGGUUGUUCGCUCUGGUGUGAAGUUCGGUACGGACUAUCUGCUCUACAACCGGGGACCCGUCUUCUCUCAUGCUGAAUUCGCCGUCAUUAUCGUCCCCUCAUAUGAGCAUUCGUACUGGACGGAGACUCAAGAACGUAGGGAUCAUGUGGCGCAGAAACAAGACCGAAGUUGGUGGUGGUUGCAUUGUGUGAACCGGGUCCAGGCCCAAGUGAAAAAGAGCUUGGUGAUUGUUUAUGUUCAGAUUCCACCACCCGCAGCUUCUUUUGACGAUAUCGGAGCUGUUCUUGGUCGCUACCGAGUACGAGAGUUUCUGCUCCGACGGUGGAUUCCCAAUCGGAGCCGUGAUUAG